AAUGGAAAGUUGAAGAUUUCCACGCAAAAACAACGCCCAAACGUCCCUCUCUACCAUCAUCUUUCGCACACUCUAAACCAGUAAUACACGAGCGCCACCUCACAGCCCCCACCAUCUUCGUCAUCAAACCUUCCACUGGGUUUACUUUCCUUCAUCUCAGACUUUUAACACAACCCCAACCGAUUAUCUACUGCAAUUCUUCCUGAUUUUUGCUCAAAUUCAUGAUCGGAGUAAGGGGGGCCUUCUAAUUUCUCCAAUUCCUCCAUUUUCGCCAUCUGGGUCGCGCUCGUUUGAGGUCAAAUACAUGCUGCCAAGUCCUGAUAUGCCUUUUUGGGUGAUUUUGACAUCUGGGUAUUGUUGAUUUGUACGGUGUUUUGUGGGGUUUUUAUGGUUUUGACUCUUGUAGAGAGUUUUCUGCAUCAUUUGGGGGGAAUAAACCAGGCGAAUUGAGGAAGAAAUGAGAAGAAAGUGGCGUGUGGGAUGCCGGGUGGGCAGCUCUCGGUUUUUGAGCAUGUUGGGAGAUUAGGCGGUAGUUUCAAGACUCGAAAGCUUGACGAAAACGCAAAUCAAGCCCUAACUGUUUCUUUGAGUAAAGGGCUUUUCCCUUACUAGAGCUUAACUGAUUAGAGCAAAGGACUGAAAAUCCUUGAAUAAGCGGUUCGAAUCCGCUUCAGAGGUAUCCAUUUGUGACCAACUUAUUACAGAGAACCUCGAAGUAUAUGCCAUGGCUGAUGGCAGUCCAGGGACCGACAUCUCUACAGACGUCGACACAGAUGACAAAAACCAGAGGCUUGAUAUGGUUCUGCUUAAUGCUGCUGUGGCUUCUGAUUCAAGUGAUAGAACAAAAGACAAGUCUGAUCAGAAGACUCUACGUAGGCUUGCGCAGAAUCGUGAAGCUGCCCGAAAAAGUCGACUGCGGAAAAAGGCAUAUGUCCAACAGCUCGAGAGUAGUCGUUUAAAGUUGACCCAACUCGAGCAGGAGCUUCAACGAGCACGGCAGCAGGGAAUCUUCAUAUCAAGCUCUGGAGAUCAGGCUCAUUCUAUGGCUGGAAAUGGAGCCAUGGCGUUCGAUGUGGAAUACGCCCGUUGGUUGGAAGACCAAAACAAGCAGAUCAAUGAACUGAGAGCAGCCGUAAACUCUCAUGCAAGCGAUACCGAACUUCGAAUGGUUGUCGAUGGCAUCUUGCUUCACUACGACGAGUUUUUUCAGUUAAAAGGCGUCGCUGCAAAGGCUGAUGUUUUUCACUUGUUGUCUGGCAUGUGGAAAACACCAGCUGAAAGAUGUUUUUUGUGGCUUGGUGGUUUCCGUUCAUCAGAGCUCCUAAAGCUUCUUGUAAAUCAAUUAGAGCCGCUCACAGAACAGCAAUUGUUGGGCAUAUCAAACUUGCAGCAGUCUUCACAACAAACUGAAGAUGCAUUGUCACAAGGCAUGGAAGCGUUGCAGCAAUCAUUGGCUGAGACAUUGUCCAGUGGAUCUCUUGGCUCUUCGAAUGCGUCUGGCAAUGUGGCUAACUACAUGGGCCAAAUGGCCACGGCCAUGGGGAAACUUGGGACUCUUGAGGGGUUUAUUCACCAGGCUGACAAUCUACGACAACAAACACUGCAACAAAUGCACCGAAUAUUGACAACUCGUCAAUCAGCUCGUGCUCUUCUUGCAAUCCAUGAUUACUUCUCUAGACUACGAGCCCUUAGUUCCCUGUGGCUUGCUCGUCCAAAAGAGUGAAUGACGUUUUGACGUCUCCCCAAGUAUAUCGACAAAAGCUAUUAGAAAAACAAUUUAACAAUGCCAUAGUUUCCAUUUUUCAUUUGUGUGCCUGAUUAUAUGGUAUCUGUCUUGUGAUAAUUUAGAGAUGCUACUUGCAACAAUCUGUAUGUAUCAUUGUAUCUGUAUGUUAUUCAAUGCGAGUAUCUUUUUUGAUAGAAAA